CGCCGCCACAACACCCCCGACCCCGCCGUCUCCUUUUCAAGAAUAGCUGGAAACAACCUGAUAUACGAACAACCCCAGACUAUACUGUCGAAAACCCGCGUCAAAAAGUCGCCUUCUGCCCAGCAUGGAUUCGGAGUCGGAACAUGAUCACCGCGAUGAAGAGAGCGUAGCCUCUGGCGCUGAAGAGGUGGAGGAAACGAAGCCCAAGUCUGCAUUGAAGAAGACGCGAGAGGUGCUGCCACCUGUUGAGCGACCAAAUCUUCCGGAACAACCAGAUCCGGCGACCGUUGACUUCUCUAAAUUGAACCCUCUUUCUCCAGAAAUCAUCAGCCGCCAGGCCACGAUCAAUAUAGGAACGAUCGGCCAUGUCGCUCACGGGAAAAGUACAGUCGUCAAGGCUAUCUCAGGGGUUCAGACUGUUCGAUUCAAGAAUGAGCUGGAGCGGAAUAUCACCAUCAAGCUUGGUUAUGCGAAUGCGAAGAUCUACAAAUGCGACAAUGAGGAAUGCCCACGGCCGACUUGCUACAGGUCAUACAAGAGCGAGAAGGAGGUGGAUCCGCCUUGCGAACGAGAAGGAUGCACUGGUACCUACCGCCUACUCCGUCACGUUUCAUUCGUCGACUGCCCCGGUCACGAUAUUCUCAUGAGCACUAUGUUGUCUGGCGCCGCUGUCAUGGAUGCCGCACUUCUCCUCAUCGCCGGUAACGAACCAUGCCCUCAACCUCAGACGAGUGAGCAUCUUGCAGCCAUUGAGAUCAUGAAGCUCAGCCACAUCAUCAUCCUUCAGAACAAGGUGGAUCUGAUGCGACAAGAUAGCGCAGCGGCACACUAUCAGUCUAUCCUGAAGUUCAUUCGCGGCACAGUCGCGGAUGGCUCGCCCAUUAUCCCCAUUUCCGCCCAGCUCAAGUUCAACAUCGACGCCGUGAACGAAUACCUUGUCACCAAGAUUCCGGUUCCAGUACGGGAUUUCUCGGCAAAACCGCACAUGAUGGUCAUCCGAUCCUUCGACGUGAACAAGCCGGGUGCCGAGAUUGACGAACUGAAAGGUGGUGUUGCUGGUGGCAGUAUUCUGACCGGUGUGUUGAAGUUGGGUGAUGAGAUUGAAAUUCGACCUGGUAUUGUCUCGAAGGACAGCCAAGGCAAGAUCCAGUGCAAACCGAUUUACUCGCGAGUCGUCUCUCUAUUCGCAGAACAUAACGAUCUCAAAUUUGCCGUUCCAGGGGGUCUGAUCGGUGUCGGUACUCGUGUGGACCCUACCCUUUGCCGUGCUGAUCGUCUCGUUGGUUUCGUCCUUGGCCUCCGAGGCCAUCUUCCCAACAUUUACAGUGAGCUCGAGGUCAACUACUUCCUCCUUCGAAGAUUGCUCGGUGUGAAGACCGCGGAUGGCAAGCAGGCGAAGGUUGCGAAACUCGCUAAGAACGAGGUCCUCAUGGUCAAUAUCGGCUCAACGGCUACUGGUGCAAAGGUUAUUGCUGUGAAAGCUGAUGCUGCAAGGUUGCAGCUCACAUCCCCCGCAUGCACGGAGAUUGGGGAGAAGAUUGCCUUGUCUCGUCGUAUCGAGAAGCACUGGAGGUUGAUUGGAUGGGCUAAUAUCGUAGCUGGCAAUGUCCUUCAACCCCAAGAGGACUAAGUAGGGCUGCAUAUGAACCGUGGUGGUUUGGAAGGACCUUACGAUGACAUGAUCAAACGGACGCGCAGAACUAGUAUGACAGAGUGUUCGAGUGUCAUGCUUGAUCUGCCUCUACGCCUUGCAUGCGAGUACGAGCGCUAUCGUUACAUUGAUAGAUGGGUGGUUGGCUUGCAUACGUGGUCUGCAAAGACAGGAGCUGGCAUGUUUUGUGCUACAUAGUGGUAAUGUAGGGCAAAUAGUGUUCGGGGAACCACACAAAUCUCGAGCAUCGAUAUGAUACACCGGCUGCGGAGUGGCAGAUCUAAGCGUGACUUGGUUGUUAGACCUUCUCAAAUGCCGUUCUCCUAUCGUAUUAGUUUAUAGUUCGGCGGCAAGCCAGCUGGGCAAACUUGGAGUCACCACACCAUAGUUAACAUUAUGCA